UACUCAGUUGGAGUUUUGCAGAGUGGAAUUUACUCUUGUCAAUUUAACAAUGAUGCUGGCAUUGAAAGAUGUAGUGCUGCUUUAAUGGUGAAAGGUUGCAACAUGCUCUUAUUUAAACUCAUGCAUUGACUUCCAUCUCCCCAUCUUUCCUCAACUGGCUUCGAUUAUUCCGUCUGUCAUCGAUUGCUUUUAUCUGUGCUCUAUUGCUUUGCAUUUUCACAACUCCUCCACCACCUCCUUUUCACAGCUCCCUGACCAGUUCACAGCUCCCUGACCAGUUCACAGCUCCCUGACCAGUUCACAGCUCCCUGACCAGUUCACAGCUCCCUGACCAGUUCACAGCUCCCUGACCAGUUCACAGCACCUUUACCUGCUUCUCCAUCACACCAACAAAUGUUGUGUCACUCUUCCCAUUUCCCUUGACGCAUUCAUCUUGCCUUUACUCCUUAACAGAUGCAUCAAGUCAUCAAAUUACAUAUUUUUGCAGUUCAUUGCAAGCCUCAUAUUCUUUCACUGUGUCAAGGUGCAUGUGCUUCAAUAAGCUAAUUUUGCAAAAUGUUGGCUUUGCAGAACCUCCUGAAUUUGCGCUAAAAUUGCCAGUCACAAAGUUUGUGAAGAAGUGCCAGCCACUCCGUCUUGAAUGCAAAGUUAAGGGUUCCCCCUCUCUGCGAAUGCAGUGGUACAAAAAUGGCACUAAGAUCACAGAUGGUGACAACUAUAGACAAUCAUUUGUUGACUCAACGGCAGUCCUUGAGCUGCGCACCACAAGAUUUGAUGACAAUGGAGUCUACACCUGUGAAGCAACCAAUGACGCUGGAAGUAUAAGCUGCAGCACAACUCUUAGAGUCAAAGAUGCACCAUCUUUCCUCAAAGUACUUCGGCCAAUUGAAGGAAUGAAAGGAAAGGAUGCUAGCCUACACUGUGAGAUGUUUGGCACAGCACCCUUUGAGAUUACCUGGGCCAAACACAAAACGCCAUUAAAGGAAAGUAGGAAAUAUAAGAUUGUGAAUGAGGAUACUGCUGCCGCUCUUCAUAUCAUUGGAUUGGAAGCUUCAGAUUUUGGAGAAUAUAAGUACAAGGCAUCAAACAGUAUAGGAUAUGAAAUAUGCUGUACUACAGUUCAACUCAGAGGUUAGUAGAAAUGCGUCAUCGGUGGGUAUUUUUUAAUUUUUUGAUCCUGCUUCAUGAUGAUUUAUUUUUAGCCUCUCCAUUUUUGUCCUCUCUCAGAACCACCAACGUUUGUGGAGAAAUUGUUGAAUACGACAUGCACAUUGGGUGAAGAAGUCACCCUGAAAGCCACUGUCAAAGGCUCUCAGCCAAUGACUGCAUCUUGGUUACAGGAUAAGGAUCACAUUCUCAGAGAUGGUGACAUCCAGAAAAUGACAUUUGAAAACAACCAGCUCCCUCUUAAAGUAUUUAAAGCAGACUCACUGGCAAUGGGCAAAUACACGUGCCAACUCCGAAACGAUGCCGGAGUUGUGGAAUGUUUUUCUAACAUAACUGUAUUAGGUUUGUACAUUUCCAU